AAUAUGAUAGUAAAAACAUUUAUUCCAACCAAAUCAACAACAAUGUCCUUGAAUAACUUUUGAAAUUUUAAUUUGAAAUUUUUAAAUAUGAAAUUAUUCGUAUUGUGUUUUGGAUUUGUCUUAUUCAAUUCUAAUAGACAUGUAAACGCUAUUUGUGAAUGCCGAAAUCUUCCAAUUAAGUGUUCUACGCCUGAGCCUACCAAUUGCACGUACGGCGGCACAAUUGACGACGAAUGUGGAUGUUGCAGAGUUUGCGCGAAAGGAGAUGGAGUGCAUUGUGGUUUUGUUUUGGAAGAGUUCCAUUGCCAAGGUAAUCUUGCUUGUCUUCAACCAAAUCCGUAUUGCUUAGGGAAAUGUGUCACAAAAGAUUUUCAUGAUAAUUUCUUAAAAACAAAGCAACAAAAACCUGCAAUCUCUUUUUGUGAAUGUCAUAUACUUCCGGUUAAGUGUUCCACGCCUAAGCCCACCAAUUGCGAGCAGGGCACAAUUAAGGACGGUUGCGGAUGUUGCGAAGUUUGCGCGAAAGGAGAAGGAGCACCAUGUGGAAGAAUUUCUGAAAAUUUCGAAUGCCCUGAUAAUCUUCCUGCAUGUCUUCAGCUAGAUGGUCACUGCUUAGGGAGAUGUGUUACAAUUGAAUUUCACAAUGAUAUAUUAAAAAAAAUGGGACAAAAUUAAACAAAUAUUAUUGAAAAAAGAAUUUUUUUUUUCUUCAGAUUUUUCCUGCAAAAAAUUACUAAUAAAUUUUAGUUAUAUAUUGUUUAUGAUAUAGUUUUUUUUUUUUUAAAAAACAAUGAAAUUAUUUCUGUUUUUAACUAUUGUCAUCAUCAAAUAAAAGAUAUAUAUAAUAA